GUUAGGGGUGUUGCUGUAGAAACGAAUAAAGCUUCUUUGGUCCUGGAUGGAGGCACGAAUAGAGUUAGAUUUAAUCACGUCUGUGGUCUCAAAGAAGAUGAAUAUAUCGAGCUAUUCAAUUUCUAUAUGUUUUAAUAAUUAAGAAAACGAGAAUACUUGACAACGAGCACCAUGAAUCCGCUUAUAAAAGAUACCGAUGGCGGGCUACAGGAACUAGUCGCGAGCACAAAUGUAAAACCUGAGCAGAAGGUUACUCAAAUUCUCUCGAAAUUACAAGAUAUUAUGAAUAGGAGAUCUGCCCAAGACGACAGAGAUUUGGGUGCGUUCAAAAACGACUUGUUCAGGCAUGGCAUACUUCAGUACUGCGCAGAAGACGCACUAAAAUUGAACUACGCCAAAGUUGAAGGAGGUUACGCUACAGCCACAUCGUUGGCUGAAAUUCUCAGCUCCUGCUGUGUGGGUGUGAACCUGGGCAGACACUCCGAAGCCUUCCAUACGAAGCUUCUCCCAUCCGUCACCGACAGCCUGUUGUCUUUGGCCAAUCGUCUGAUGAACAGAGCUCUGGCGGAGAAUGGGCAGCCUGAUAUGUUUCGUCUCUUCAAGAAGGUCAUGGACUCUGUGUGUUGGCUUCUGAAAGCCCAUGGUCACCUGGCCACACAAGUCCUUCUGUCUGACCACUAUGAGAGGAUCCUCAUGAGUGAGGAGGAGAGAGUCGGAGCUGUGUGUGUGUUGCUGUGGCAUCAGCUUCUCUCAGCAAACAGUGAUUUAGUAGCGGAUUUGAAGAAAGACCCUUUGUCUGUGAUGUUGGAUGACGUUGUGUACCGAAUGGCUAACACCUCAGACCCUACUGUGGGAAGGGCCGCAAUAAGGAUCCUCCUCCUGGUUGCACAGCAACAAGACUCAGCCCUACAGUUCAUCAUCCAGAGAUUUAAAGGGUUAGAAGGCAUGGUUGGUCACGAGUGGAGGGGCCGUGGCUUGGAUGAGGAAGUGGAUCAGCUGAUAAAGCUGCUGCAAAGAAAAGUUUCUAAACCAGCUGAACACAGAGAGGAGUGGCCGAAGGAGUGUGUGAGAGCAGCGUGUGUUAUCCAGGCAGCAUGGAGGUCCUUUCAGACUAGAAGGAGAGUAAAGAGCCUCCCCCGAGCUGUCAGCUCACUGCAAAGGAGCUUCAGGGAGCGUCGGCUAAGGAGAGAGCAGCAGGCUCAGGCUAAACGCUCUGAGGAGGAGCUGAGACUUCAGGUGUGUUUGAGGAGACAGAGAGCCAGGAGAGAGUUCCAUCAGAAACAGCUACAGCUACUGCACCUACUGCCUCCAGGUCAGGUACAGCAGUACCUUGGAGAGGUUGAGAGACAGGCUGCCAUACGAAUCCAGAGAGUGUGGCGAGGCCGACGAGAGAGACGGAAUAUCCAGCUUCGGAGAAACGCGAUCACAAGACACAGGGCUGCUGUGGUCCUGCAGAGAGCGGUCCUUCGCUUCCUGAAGAGGCGGCGAACUGAAAAAGCCAUUCCCUCCCUCACUCCCUGGAUUGGUCUUUUGGGUUUAACUGACAGUCGUAGGGCGGAGCUGAAGAGAGAUGUGGAAGAAUACAUUGCCCUGCACCCAUCCCAUGUGGUGUCUCCAGAGGGCAGUAGGGAGCUCCAUGAUCAGACCCAAGCCUUGCUGCUUCAGCAUCUACAGGGGAGAGAGGCAGACAGGAGAGAACAUACACACACAAACGCCCUGCUGGCCCAGAUUAACACCGACCUGGAACUAUUGUUGAAUGCCCCCUCUCUCAGUGCCGCCACAGCAACUGACUGCCAGGUUUUCAGGAGCCGUUCCGGCCCCGUGGCCGCCCGCGCCCGGCAAUCCCACAAUGCCUUACUCCAGGCUGGCCGCCUGCCUUGGUGGAAGACACUCGGCGAUGAUCACUUGGUCACCUGGCCAGACUUAGAACCCACCCACAAAGAACACAUGCUGGAGGCGGAGUUUACCUCUUUGUAUUUAGGAGGAAGCUGAUAAAGUGCCACAACAUUAUUAUAAUGUUGUCUUAAGGGCUGAACAGUCACAGAACUAUGACUUCAGAUCUGCUCUGUAGUUCAACCCAUCACAGUGGACCGUGGUUGAAUCAGGUGCAUCAGUGCUGGGCAUCUUCAUCCGUUUCCAUGUGCUAGUUCCUUAAACUAGUUAGCCUUUAUUCUAACUGUCACUGAAGUGUUGCAAAUUGUACAAUAGAAAAGUAAAGGAUAUUUCUCAUCAAGCUGA